UAUUAUAUCAUUAAUAGUUCGCAAGAAGAUACGGUGUGUCAAUUUUAGAUUCAUUUAUUUUUAUUUAUAUUCUUGUAUUAUAAACAAUUUUUCUACUUGUAUUUUUAAUUAGUGUUAAAAAAAUAUCAAACUAUUUGAACUACCAUGAAAAAUGCUACAUUUAUGUUUGAUUUCCUACAAAAUACCAAAGAUAAUUUUUUUGAAGUAUUUGAAAAAGAAGUUGUAUACGAUGAUAUUGUUGAUUCUUGGUUUUUAAUGGAUCCUGCUUGGCCAGUUUUUGCUAUUGUACUAGUGUAUUUAUCAUUUGUAUUGAUUAUUGGUCCACGUUUUAUGAAAAAUCGAGAACCAUUUAAAUUAAAGGGAAUUAUAUUAAUUUACAAUAUAACACAAGUAUUCUAUAAUGCCUUUUUAUUAUACUGGUUUUUUUCUACGCCUAAUUCUAUGUUCUACUUCUGGAAAUAUUCAUGCCAUCCUGAGGAACGUCAGAGAUUUUAUUUACUAUUAUUAGAGUUAAAUCGAGGAUCAUGGUUUUAUUUUUUCUCUAAAAUACUUGACUUAUUAGACACAGUAUUCUUUAUAUUAAGAAAAAAGAAUUCUCAUGUGACAUUAUUGCAUGUCUAUCAUCAUGCAAUUAUGGUUAUUAGUUGUUGGGUCCAUUUGAGAUUCUACAAAGGUAUUGAAUGUCUUGUGGCUGGACUUAUAAAUGUUUUUAUCCACGUGAUCAUGUAUUCUUACUACUUUUUAUCAGCUAUGGGACCAAGUGUUCAAAAAUAUCUGUGGUGGAAAAAAUAUUUAACUCUAAUGCAGAUUAUACAAUUUAUCAUCGUUUUAAUAUAUUUAUGCUGCAUGUUUAUAUUUCAGUGUGGAUUCCCAAAAACUUUUUCAUUGUACAUGAUUUGCAAUGCUUUCGUAUUCCUUUAUUUAUUUACGAUGUUCUAUAUGAAUACAUAUUCAAAAAAUAAUAAAGUUAAAUCUAGUUAAUCAUUAUAUGUUUUAAAAUUUAGAAUAGUAGCAUGUUUUGUUAAUAUAUUUAUGUUAUUUAAUAUAAUAGUUUAUUAUUAUUAAAAUACAGACUAUAAUAAAAUUAACAGUCCAAAAUAAAUAGUAAUGUAUAUUUUUUUGUGUCUGUUAACACUGUAUCUCAACUAUUACUGGACCGAUUUUGAUGAACAAUACGAUAAAAGAUCACAAAUUUUAUCUAUUCGAAGACAUUACCCUCAAAAAUUGAAAAAAAUUCCCGCAUUCCCCGUAAACUGAGGAAAUCCCCCAAAAAAUUACAAAUUUAAAAAUCAUUAAUAUUCGACACUUUUUUAAUUUUUUUUACUUAAAACUGCCAUAACUUUUUUAAAAAUGACCGAAUCAAUUUAAUAUUUUUUUAUAGAUAUCUUAGAUGUUUACCUAUCUUUAAUAUAAUUAUGUGAACAUUUGACCCCUUACCAGCCCACAGGGAAGGGUUUCAAAAUAGAAACUUUUUCACAAAACAUUAACUUUUUCAACAUAACUUUUGAAAUUGUUCCGGUAAUACUGUGUCUUUUAAACAUAUAUAAAAUUAUAGCUUAUGUUACGUACUAUAAAAUGAAAAAAAAAAUUGGCUGUUUAAGAUGUCGCUGUCACAGUCACGGAUUGUUUAUUAUCAAUUAUGACUAUUGAUAGAUAUACUUUCUGUAUUGUCAGUUAGUGUAUUUAUAAACUCACAAUAAUGUGCCUUACUACCAUUGAUAAUAAUAAUGCUGUGUAUCUGCUAAUAUCGAUGUAAUAAAAACCAAUUAACUA